UAGAAGACUUCGGAUAUCCAAACAGGCGAGCUCAAUUAUUACCCGGAACUAAUUACAGCAGGGGUAUUUACCUAGUUUCCUGGCUGUCGUUUAAAUUGGUUGAAAGAGAAACAGUUAGAUUUGUUCACCCUAUUGUCGAUACCAUUUCCUCAAGGCAUCUUUGAAUUCGCGAACAUCUGAUUUUUAUCUUCUGCGGAUUUUGUGAAAGUUAAACGUUGGUCGACUGAUUCGAUAGGUUUUUGUGGAUUUUGGUUCAACAGCCACACCAUGGCAGCGUCUUCGGCAUCUUCAGGUGCAAAGUCAAUGUUCCAAUCUCUGAAAAAAUAUUUCAAGCAGCCAUGGGAGUACACAGGACCCUGUGCUAGUCCAGAAUAUAAGCUUGCAGUUCCUAUGGCCACUGAGUACCGUGUUUAUUGCCCUGCCACUAUUAGGGAAAAAGCUAUCGUACCUACUGCUGAUCCUGAGACAGUUUUUGACAUCAAGUAUUAUUCUCGAGACCAACGUCGUAAUCGUCCUCCAAUUCGCCGGACGAUCCUUAAGAAAGCUGACGUUGAGAAGAUGAUGAAAGAGCAAAAAUUUGAUGAAUCUGUUUUUCCUAAGGUUUAUCUGACUGCAUUCAUUGAGGAGGAUUAUAAUGCAAGGGGCGGAGGAUAUGAGUGAUCAAUCUCAUAUCGGAAAAAGUGACCAUCACACAUCGACUUCACAGCUUGCUGACAUGUGGUGGAAAAAAGUUUUGGCGUCCGAACCGAUUGUGGUUAGAUCAAGAAGUGGGACUGCUCUUUCCUUUCUUGUAAAUACAUUUCAGUAACAUUUACGUGAAAAUCAAGUUGGAUGAUGGCAAAAUAAAUUAUGUAAGACUGUACAUGUCUUUUGACUCUGCGUUUGUUACGCUUGCCAACUCUGGUGCACUUACCUUUGUUAUUGUUUAACUUGUUUUUUUCUUAUCUCUAUUGGAGCAUUAAUAUUUUCAUCAAUAAUUAUGGGCUUGUGAUUUUGAACAA